GUCUCUCCGCGGGCAGCAGGACUUAAAAAGCUGCGGUCCAUCCAUCUGGACACUUUUUACAUUUACACUCGCCCCUUCCCCUUUGAAAAGGAAGAUAAGAAUCCAGGCAGGCAUCUUCCAGCUUACAUUCAUCUUUACUUAACCCCAGUUUGACGACCCGGCGGGGUUUCGUUUGGACACGAUGUGGAAGACCGGGAUCCUCCUGCUGCUGGGGGUGCUCUCAGCGUCCGGCGAACUCCAGCAAGAGACGGAGCCGCGGAAACUCCCACCCCCGGGAAAGUUGGAUUUCGGUUAUGUGCCUGCGGGAGUUUACGAGACACUGGCCCAUUACGAACCGGGACCGAUAGGGAUUCUGUUCCAAAUGGUGCACACUUUCCUGUAUGUGGUGCAGCCCAACGCUUUUCCACAAGAUCUUAUUGUCAAACUGACAAAGGACAAGUUUGGAGCCAUUCAAACAGAGUAUCAAAAGCCAGAGAACAUAGUGCUGACCCUUCAGGCCAUCUACUACGAGAUAGGCUUCCUUGUGUGUGCGGCAGUGGGCCUGCUGUUCGCUGUUCUGAUGCCUAUAGUUGGCCUCUUCUUCUGCUUGUGCCGCUGCUGUGACAACUGUGGCGGCGAGAUGCACCAGCGCCAGAGGAAGAACGCAGACUGCCGGCGUGGCCUGCUGGGAACGCUGCUCUUCUCCACCUCACUGGUCAUCACGAUCGGAGCGCUGUGUGCAUAUGCUGCCAACCAGAACUUGAGCUCUCAGGUGAAGAACAUACGCAGAUUGGUCAACAGCAACAUGAGGGACCUGCACACUUUUGCUAAUGACACACCAAUGCAAAUUGAUUACCUAAUAUCCCAAUACGCCACAGCCAAGAAAAAAGUCAUCUAUGACCUAAAUAAUAUAGGCCCAUUGCUGGGUGGAAGGAUACAUGAUCAGUUGGAUAAGGAGGUCCAUCCUGCCUUGGACAGAGUGCUUAAUAUGGCUGGAGUGAAAAUCGAGAGAGCCAUCAAAGCCAUGCGAGAAACCAAGGAGGCCCUGGAGAAUGUCAGUGUGUCUCUGGAGGUCCUCCAGGAGGGAACAGGGAAACUCAACUUCAACCUGAGCCUGGUCCGGACCAGUAUCAACCGCACUCUCAACGACCCCGGCUGUCAUGACGAGGAGUCAGACGCCACCACUGCCCAGCUCUGCCGCAACAUCCGCCAGUCACUGUCCCAGCUGCAGAUCAGUGCCAACUUCACACGGCUACCCAGUGUGAAGGCUCAGCAGGAAAAGGUGAACGAUGUGCUAAAAACGGACCUCAGCGCUAUCGUCCAGAGGGGCUACUCCUCUUUGAACGACACGCCACAUAUGGUGAUUGAACAGACCAGAAGUGUUGUAGAGAGUGUACAGAACUUGGUGGACGGCAUUGGCAAUAACAUCAGCAGCUUUUCCAAGGCAUUCCCUGUGCAGAGCUGCCUGUCCAACUUCACCAUCUUCAUUAGCCACGCCCACGCUAAGAUUGAAGACUACUACCCUGAAAUUGACAAGAUGGACUUCUACAGGUGGAUUGGCUGUAUUGCUCUUUGCUGCAUGGUAGUCCUGGUCCUGGCCUUCAACUACCUAGGCCUGCUGUGUGGCACCCUGGGAUAUGACAAGCACGCCUCGCCUACGACACGAGGCUGCAUCUCCAAUACGGGAGGAACGAUGCUCAUGGCCGGCGUGGGCUUUAGCUUCAUCUUCUCCUGGGUGCUGAUGGGAGUGGUGACCGUCAUAUUCCUGGCUGGAGGAAACAUUGAGAAACUUGUUUGUGAACCCUUCCACACCAAAGAGCUCUUCAAGGUUGUGGACACCCCAUAUCUGGUCAGCCCAGAGUGGAAGAACUUCAUCCCUGGCUACAUGUACAACGACUCUGACCUAGAGCUGACGGCAGAGAGCUUGUACAGUACUUGCAAAGAGAACAAAGGCAUCUACUUGGCCAUGCGGCUGGACAAAGUCUUCAACAUCUCCUCUUUCCUGAACACCACAGUGUUCACUAAGGAUGUGGUGGGUCAGCUGGACAGUGUUAAGAUCGACCUGAGAGGAAUAAUCCUGUUAGAGGCAGAGGGGAAGCAGAACCUCUUGGACUUCUCUGAAGCAGGGCUGUCAGAAAUCAACUAUGCCGACUAUCUUGAAGAGGUGAAUAAAGGAGUGACUGUGGUGGACUUACUCUCAUUUGCCAGAGAGCUGGAAGCCCAGACAGACCUCAUGCCCAGAGGUUCUCUGCAGUCUGCUCUGAAAGGCCACAUCGGCACUUUGAGACAGAUCCACAGUCAACAGAUCACCCCCAUGGAGCAGUCCAUGAAAUAUGUUAGAGCGAGGAGUGCACUGAACCAGAGUAUGAGGUUCCUGGAGAGAACAGCCUCAGAUCUACCAAACAAAGUCUUAGCGGUUCUUGAGGCCAUUGAAGCUGCCCAGUAUCUCAUUUCCCAGAAUGCUACACAUUUAAUCAAUCAGGAAACAGGAAAAUACACUGCGACCAUAGUUGGCUACUUCCAUCAAUACAUAGAAUGGGUCAAAACUUCUCUGGCGAUGGAGGUUGCACCAUGCAAGCCGUUCAGCAACAUGGUGGACACGGCGGAAAUCAUAGCCUGUAGUUUCUUGGUGGAUUCUAUGAACACUUUCUGGAUGGGCCUGGGCUGCAGCACCCUCUUUCUGCUCCCGAGCAUCAUCCUGGCAGUGAAACUGGCCAAGUACUACCGCAGGAUGGACACAGAGGAUGUUUACGAUGACAUUGAGACAAUUCCCAUGAAAACUAUGGAAAUUGGUAAUAAUGGUUAUCAUAGUGAGCGUUCACAAGGUAUCCCCAAUCCUAUGAUGACAAGCAUCCCUACCUAUGACACUAUGAACAGGUUCCCGCGGGCCUCGGCUCCUCCGAGGCACAUCGACUGGUGACAGAGAGCCGGCUCUUGUUCUGGCUCCUGACAGUGCCCUUGAAAACUGGAACUAAAAUAUCCCACGGACCAGAUGAAGCUCAACGAAAGCUGGCUGGAAGAACAACAGACAAAGCCCUGCAGGUCAUCUACAGUGAUCAACCCAACCAGGCCCAUCACAGCCUACGGCACAGUUACCUGCUCUUCAGCGACCCCUGCCCCCUCCACAAAACUCUGCCUGCAGGACAUCAAACUCUUCUCCCUCAGCAACAAACUGAGCCAGGCUUGUUCUGCAUUUUUCAAAGCACUGCUGUGUCUGCGUUUACAUUUGUUCAGACACAAAACCAAGCUGAAAAUACAUUCAGCAAGAGGACAUGACAAUAAAUGUGAUGCCUGUUCAUUUUAAUGUACUUGUUUAUGCUCAAGAGACAGUGGCUGAGAAGUCACCUGAAGGUCGAGUCAAGCUGCUGAGGAAACCUUUUUUUCUCCUGCACUUACAAUGGUUGUACCACGUUUAACGCAAGCAAAUGUUAAAGGAAGGAGGAAAGGUGCAAAUUACGGUAACAUCCAAUACAAUGUGUUCAAAAGCACUGUUUUGCUGAAAAUGGCACAUCCUUUUUAACUGCAGCCUGUGUGAGUUUGUGGGUGUGUGGUACCCUAAUGACUGAUAAAUGGAUGAGUUGAACAAAGCGGUACAAAUAUAAACAUUGGUUGUUCCCGGGAGGAAAUUUAGCAUGACUUUUAAAAAUGUUUACAAUAUUACAAAACAUCCAGAGUUUGACAUCUGUGCUGGUUUGGAGCGCAUUGCAAAUGACUGGUUGCCUUUCAGAAGUUUAUUUCACCCUGACAUUUUGAUAGAUAUGCUCUUUACAAAAGGGAAAAUCCACCAUCACAUGCUCUUACACUGUUAAAACUCCUGAGUCUGUGAUAGAAUUGUGUUUAAAAUACACUCUUUUACCUUUAUGUUCUUUUACUUUUAUGCCAGGUAUUGAUUUCUUACAUUUUGCAGGAUGAUUCUAACACAACCCCUAAAUUAAUUGGUUUGU